AUGGAACUGGAGUUGGAGCAACCAAUAACAAGAUCUGAUCAUAGUUCUAGUAUAAUUAGUACGAGUACUAAAAAUGCUCCAAAGAUCACAAGCAAAAUAACUAGUACCACUACUAAUCAUGUGAGGAUCAAUUACAAAGUUAGACAAAUAUCCUCCAAAACAUCAAGCUCUUCUUCUAAUUAUUCGCAAUCAUCGUAUAACUCGAAUGGCCUUUGCAACCGUUCAGAUUCCUUCAGAUCGCUUGAAAUGGACGUCCCGAAAAGUUGUGAAGAUCAGGUGAGAUUGUCUUGGCUUCGCUCUCAAAUCAUUGGUGGGAACGUUGAAUAUGACUCUCCCUUCGGAAAGCGAAGACUCACUUAUGCUGAUCACACCGCUUCUGGCCGGUCCCUUCUCUAUAUUGAGAACUUCAUCAUCGACAAUGUUCUUCCUUUCUAUGGAAAUACGCACACGUGCGACAGUCACGUAGGGCAUCGAACGACAAAAAUGGUGCAUGAAGCAGCCGACUACAUAAAGAAAUGCUUAGGAGGUGGACAAGACGAUGCCCUCUUCUUCUGCGGCUCGGGCACAACUGCAGCCAUAAAGAGGCUGCAAGAGGUGAUGGGAAUUGCCGUACCAUCUAUCUUAAGAGAGAGGGCGAUGAAGAUCCUAAGCAAUGAAGAAAAAUGGGUCGUUUUCGUCGGGCCUUUUGAACACCAUUCAAACCUUCUUUCAUGGAGGCAAAGCUUGGCUGAAGUAGUUGAGAUUGGUUUAGAUGAAAAUGGGUUAUUGGAUAUGGAAGCUUUAAGGCUAAAGCUGGAAUCUUACAAGUAUGCACAUAGGCCUAUUUUGGGCUCUUUCUCUGCUUCCAGUAAUGUGACUGGGAUCAACUCAGAUACUAAAGCAAUAGCACAACUUCUCCACCAAUAUGGAGGUUUUGCCUGUUUUGACUUUGCAGCAUGUGGUCCUUACUUGGAGAUUGACAUGAGAUCAGGAAAGAUGGACGGCUAUGAUGCUGUUUUUCUCAGUCCACACAAGUUUCUUGGGGGUCCUGGAACCCCAGGCAUAGUUUUGAUGAGCAAGGCUCUUUACCGGUUGAGAUCCUCUGCCCCAUCAACCUGUGGAGGUGGAACUGUUGCUUAUGUAAAUGGCUUCAGUGAAAAGGAUACAUUGUAUUAUGAGGACAUUGAAGAGAGGGAAAAUGCUGGCACCCCUCAAAUAAUCCAGACAAUAAGAGCAGCAUUGGCUUUUUGGGUCAAAGAAUACGUGGGCUAUGAGGUGAUAGAAAGACAAGAAAAUAUCUACAUACAAAAGGCAAUAAAAAGGCUUCUCCCAAACAAGAGCAUACAAGUUUUAGGAAAUACAAGUGCUAAACGACAAGCAAUUUUGUCGUUCCUCAUUUAUUCCACAUCAAAUUCCUACUCAAGAGAUCUAAAAAAUUGUUGUGAUGACAAUUAUAGAACAAAUAAUGAGAAUGAGGAAGAAGGGCUAUACAUGUGGAGAGAGACUGGCAACAGCAGAGAUAAGCCUCUUCAUGGACCUUUUGUUGCAGCCUUGCUCAAUGACCUGUUUGGCAUCCAGGCUAGAGGUGGGUGCGCCUGUGCCGGACCAUAUGGUCAUGCCCUGCUCAAAGUUGAUGAGCCUCAUUCACAUGCCUACAGAUCUGCAAUUAAAAAGGGCUUUCUGGGAGUAAAACCUGGAUGGACAAGGAUAAGUUUUCCCUACUACAUGGCCAACGAUGAAUUCGAGUUCAUUUUGGCUGCAUUGGAAUUCAUAGCUACCUAUGGACAGAGAUUCCUCACUCUGUAUGACUUCAGCUUGAGAACAGGUGGCUGGACUGCCAGAAAGAAGGCACUUUUAUGCCUUGUCAAGAAGAAUAAUUCCAAUAAUAAUGUAAAAGCAAUGAAGACAGAAAAUGAAGUGUUCAAACAAAGCAACAAUGCAGAGACUAAACACAAUGGAAUAAUGGUCAACAAGUUUGCAAUGUUCUUGGAGACUGCCAAGGACAUUGCUCAUCUUCUGCCCAAGUUCCCUCCACAACGUAGGCUUCAAGAAGAAAUAGACCUCAAUUUCUUACACUUCAGAGUCUAAACAUCCUAGACCUCAAUUUCUUACACUUCAGACUCUAAAUAUCCUAUUCUUUUAUGUAUAGAUCGAUAUAAUAAAGGUUAUAGUCAUUGUUUUUCAU